CACAUCCCUGAAGCCGACCCCCCCAACCUAGGUAUAUAAAGAGGGCCCCGGCUGGCAGCGGGCUACACUGAAGCCUCAUCACGAUGCCCACACCGGCGCCGCACUUCUCCCUGCUGCUGGUUCUCUCCGUGCUGCACUCCUGUGCCGCUAAGCCACUGUUUGUCCUCAUUGCCCCGAAUGUCCUGAGGGCUGACAGAGAGGAGACGGUCGUUCUUGAGGCUCACGAGUUUAACGGAGUCAUCAAUGCAAAUAUCCGAGUGUUGAAAUUCCCCACUAAAGAGCAGCUGUACCCGCCUAACAACGAGGUUAACAACAGGGUGCAGCUGACGGCGCAGAACGAUUACCGCAACACCUUACCGAUCAAGUUUUCUGCCAGUCAUUUUAAACGAGAUGCCCGCCUCAAUAGCUUUGUCUAUUUGGUGGCCACGGCAGACCAGUUCAACCUGGAGAAGGUCGUUGUGGUCUCAUUCCACUCCGGAUACGUGUUUGUGCAGACGGAUAAGACCAUCUACACCCCGAACGAACACGUGAUGUACAGACUUUUCCCGCUGACCCACGAGCUCGGCCCAUCGGAGGAGUCCAUCUCGGUUGAGAUUAUGACUCCUGACGACAUCGUUGUUAGCAAGGAGGUGAUCAAGGCCUCCUCUGGAAUUCACUCCACCUCAUUCAAGAUCCCGGAACUCGUCAACUUUGGUGCCUGGAAGGUGGUGGCCAAAUAUGAGUCAGAGGAGUGGGUGAACUUCACCGCCCAGUUUGAGGUGAAGGAGUACGUGUUGCCGAGUUUUGAAGUCACUCUAGUGCCAGCGCGCAAAUUCUUCUAUGUUAAAGACACGUCGCUCGAAGUCACCAUCACUGCCAGAUUCCUUUACGGAGAAACUGUUAAAGGAUUCGCAUACGUAGUUUUUGGGGUGCUGAUCAACGAUAAGAAAGUCAGCUUCACGGACUCCCUCCAAAUUGUCGAGAUUUCGGAAGGUGAAGGAAGAGCCAAACUCGACAGCGCCGUGAUUAGAAAGUACUUUCCAGACAUAAACCAGCUUGUGGACCAAUCCAUCUACAUCUCGGCGUCCGUCUUAACAGCUUCUGGCAGCGACAUGGUGGAGACCGAGAUAGAAGGCAUUAAGAUCGUCACCUCACCAUACAAGAUCCUCUUCACUAGGACGCCCAAAUACUUCAAGCCUGGCAUGCCUUUUGAUGUCAUGGUUUUGGUAACAAACCCAGAUGGCUCCCCUGCCAAUGGCGUUGAUGUAGAAACAGAGGAUGGGAAAGUGUCUGCCAGGACUGGGAUAGAAGGAACUGCCAGGAUGAGCCUCAACACUGUGCAGGACGGCAACAACCUGAGGAUCAGCUUAAGAACCCGCGUUCCUGCUCUUACUUCAGAACAGCAAGCUAAAAGCACAAUGGAGGCCCAACCCUACACAACCCAGAAGGGCUCCAGAAACUACCUGCACAUUGACAUCCAGGCCACCGAGCUGAACCCAGGGACGAACUUAAAGAUCAACCUGCACAUCCAGACCAACGACCAAGCCACCCUGGAGCAGAUCAAGUACUUCUCCUACAUGAUUAUGAAUAAGGGGAGCCUGGUCAGGGUUGGCCGACAGGUGAGGCAGAAAGGACAGUCGCUGGUCACCCUGUCACUGCUGGUGGACACUCAGCUGGUCCCAUCUUUCCGCUUUGUCGCCUACUACUUCGUAACCACAGGAGGUCAAAUGGAAAUCGUGACUGACUCCAUCUGGGUGGACGUGAAGGACACCUGCAUGGGAACGCUUCAAAUAACAUCAAACAAAAGGGCAUUUGAACCCAGGAGAAGGUUUGAAUUCUCUAUAACAGCGGACCCCGGAACCAAAGUUGGGCUGGUGGCUGUGGAUAAGGCCGUGUUUGUGUUGAAUUCCAAGAACAAGCUGACGCAGAAGAAGAUCUGGGACUUUAUAGAGAAGAAUGACAUCGGCUGCACACCAGGGAGUGGACGUGAUAACAUGGGGGUCUUUGCGGAUGCCGGCCUGCUGUUCCAUUCCAGUGUGGCCAUUGGCACACAGUUGAGGAGAGAGCCUUACUGCCCAGAGCCUCCCAAAAGAAGACGCCGCUCGCUGACUUUGGCUGUCAAGAAGCAGAGCUUGGCGAGUAAAUACAAGGACCCCCAGGUGCGCGCCUGCUGCAUAGACGGCAUGGUGGAAAUUAGCAUGGACUUCAACUGCAAGAAGCGCUCGACAUACAUCACGAAAGGCAAGGAGUGCGUGGAGGCCUUCGUCUACUGCUGCACCGAGAUAGACAAAAAGCGCCAAGAGACCACGGGCACGGACCUCUUCCUGGCACGCAGUGAAGAAGAAGACGACAUUCUGAUGGGUGACAUUACGUCGCGAUCAAAUUUUCCUGAAAGCUGGAUGUGGAAAGUGGUGCCGAUACCAGAGAAGCCAACUGAUGCCGCUGGUCUGGUCACUUAUAAAAUGUCUGAAACGUUGAUGGAUUCAAUCACCACCUGGGAGAUCCUGGCCAUCAGCGUCUCUCCAAGGAAAGAGGGGAGACCACCUCUAGGCAUCUGUGUGGCGCAGCCCUUUGAAGUCACCGUGAGCAAGAAGUUCUUCAUCGAUCUGAGGCUGCCGUACUCUGUGGUGCGCAACGAGCAAGUGGAGGUCAAGGCCGUGAUCUACAACUAUGACGACAGUGAGAUGAACGUGCGGGUCGAUUGGCAGGAGACGGAACACAUCUGCAGCCUGGCGACCAGGAAGAAGCAAUUCACACAAACGGUGGAAGUCGGACAGAAGUCCUCCGUUGCUGUGACCUUCACCCUCAUCCCCUUGAAGGCCGGGGACAGGAUGAUAGAAGUCAAGGCCCUGGGCAAGACAGCAGACCUGAGCACAAUUGUCGCCGAUGGUGUAAAGAAACGUCUGCGCGUGGUGCCAGAGGGGGUGCAGAAGAGAGAGACCAUCAAAAGCAUCGUGCUGGAGCCGUCUGCAGUAGCUGGGGGUGUCCAAAAGGAGACCAUCGGUAAAAUGAUGCUGAAAGACAUGGUCCCCGAAUCGGAGGCGCACACCUACAUCAGUGUGAAAGGUGAGCUUGUGGGAGAAACCAUAGAGACCUUACUGGGAAGUGGAAAUCUCACCGGCUUUAUCAUAUUACCCAGUGGAUGUGGAGAGCAGAACCUGAACAAGCUGGCAUCGGUCGUCAUGGCGACGUUGUACCUCGACAAAAGCAAGCAGUGGCUUGAGUUUGGAAUGGAGCGGCGGGCCGUGGCCAUCAACUACAUUCAGCAAGGUUACGCAAAGCAGUUGACCUUCCGCUCCGCUGGGGGCUAUGCAGUGUAUGCCGGCCAAGAGCCAAGCACCUGGCUGACUGCCAGAGUGCCCAAAGUGUACUCCCAGGCCAGGACCCUGGUGUACAUCGACCAGGAGACACUCUGUGACCCCGUCAACUGGCUGAUCAUCAACAAGCAGCGUGCUGAUGGCUCCUUCACCGAGUCUGCCCCCAUUUUUGUGAGGAAUGAUGGAGGGUCCGCUUCUGAUGCUGUCAUUCAGCUCACCGCCUUCGUCCUCAUUGACUUGGCUGAGACUGCCACAGCAUGCAGGGGAUACAUUCAGGACUUGGAUCAGCGCAUCGAAAGGGCCGCCAGCUUCUUGGACAGGCAGUACCUCGGCCUGAAGAACUCGUAUUCGGUAGCUCUGGCGUCAUAUGCCUUGGCACUGACUGGCAGAGGAGUGCAGGAGUCCUUCUUAAUGAUGUUUGCAUCACCAGAUAAAACUCACUGGACGGGAGGAUACCCCCUGGAGACCACGGCAUUCGCCGCCCUGGCACUUUUAAAGGCCAAGCGGUACGAACCACUGAGGCCCGUCAUGAAGUGGCUGACAGAACAGCGCAACUAUGGCGGCUCCUAUGGCUCCACCCAGACCACCGUUGCUGUGCUUCAGGCGAUGAUUGAAUACCUGACUGAGGCCCCUGUCUUUGAGGACAUGAACCUGGACAUAGAGCUGGAAGUGUCAGGACGAUCCAAACCGACGAGGUGGAAGUUCAUCAAGUCCAACUCCAUGCUUGCCAGAUCAGAGAAGGUACAGUUUGGGAAGGAAAUCAGCGUGACGGCCAAAGGAACUGGACAGGGAACGGUGACGGUGAUGACCAUCUACAACGCCCUGCCCGAGACCAACGCCACGGAGUGCCGGACGUUUGAGCUGAAGCUACGUUUAGAGAGAAAGCCUGAGGCAAAGCGACCCACAGGCGCAAGUGACACGUACCUGCUGACCAUCGACAUGCAGUACCUCAGCACCAGGGAAGCCACAAUGUCCAUUCUGGACAUCUCCAUGCUGACCUGCUUCAUGCCGGACACCACUGACCUUAAGCGGCUGUCAUCGGGUGUCGACAGAUACAUUCAGAACUACGAGGUGGACAAGGCUCUGUCCGAAAAAGGCUCGCUCAUCAUCUACUUGAACAAGGUAACAUGGCGGCCUGGCCUCGCUCUCCCGGUCUGCCUUCGUAUUCAGCGUGUUUGCGCGAUCACAGAGGAAAGUCGGCGUCUCCAGUGGGCCGCGGCACUCAGACUUCCUCUCGUGUCUCCUGGUUGAUGUCUGUAGGUCAUCUUAUGUCACCAGGAAUUCUCGCUACUCGUGGGCUGCUCCUUCCGUCUCGGCAAAGCGCGGGAAUAGCGGCCAUUUACAAAAGUGACGAAGGCUACACGUUUUAAUGCUAUGAGAUUGUGGAGAGCUUCCACUCCAGAGCUCGAGGCUCCAAACGAAGAUCUGUCCAUCUUAAUCUGCAUCUGCCAGUCUUAACGCCAACAUCUGGAUGGGCGCCGCUCUGCACUUUUUCUGAGGGAUUUCAUGUGACGUGCCACCGCACUGUUACGGUGUUAUGUGCAAGGCCUUCAGCUUCUUCACCAUUCAGUGUGUCCCCAUCACCCCUGGGUCUGGGCAGCUGGCACCGGUGAGUCGCGAUUUGGCAUCACUUGUUACACUGGUGGGUCACGGCAGGUGGACUAAGUGAUCGACAUCGACACAUGAUACGUUUACAGCGUGGGAUGGCACUGCUUACCUGACUGGAGCCUUGACGGACCCCCGAGGCAGGCGUGUCUAUUAUUACUGUGUUUCAGAGACCAAUCACUGGUGCAGGCCAUCUGACGCGGCCGGGGAGGUGCCAGUGGUGCUGACUCACAAACCUGUUUAUUACAAGGGGCUCGACACCAAAGCCCACCAGGAUACCUCCCUUAGGCCCAUGUGGUUGCCAUUAUUUGGUGCCCUCCUCAUUCGUUGCACUUUGGGGGGGCUCAUCGGGGGCUUUUCCCUUCCAUUCAUUGUUGGCCUAAAAUUAAGGAAGUUUCCUCCUCAUCGAUUGGAGGGUUUGUUCUGUAAACAGAAUGGGACCCCCGGCAGCAGCUCGUUUCAGAGGGGGGGGUGAGAAAGUGCAAGAAUGUGUUUUGGCGUGGUUCAAAAUGCCCCCCAGUGACGUCUGCACCCACAGGGCAGACAGUGUGGACAGCUGAUGACCGAUGCGUCCGUCCGUCUGUCUGUUCCUUUGUCUUCUUAUUAUUUACCUCUCUGGGCUUUCAUCUUCUAGCCGCCACUUUUAGAAAAGCCCAUCUUUGUCUUUCUCU